UCUCCUCUUCCUCCUCACCUCUCUCUCUCUCUCUCUCUCUCUCUCUACUUUGCAACCUCUAUAUAAAUGGCCACCUUUCCUCCCACACCGCCGGAUCACCCAUUCUCUCUUAGCCUCCUCUCCUCCUCAGCUCCAAGCGCUAGCUCCAAUCUAUCUCCCUCUCUCUGCCCAUUUAUCAGCCUUUAACACACGAACUCAGUCUACCGGUCCCUGGAAGAACCACUUCACGCAGGCCGUCGUUUUGUCGAUCGAUCUAACAAUGAGCAUCUCGGUGAACGGUCAAUCGUGCGUGCCGCCGGGCUUCCGUUUCCACCCAACGGAGGAAGAGCUCCUGAACUAUUACCUCCGCAAGAAGGUCGCCUCCGAGGAGAUCGACCUCGACGUGAUCCGCGACGUUGAUCUCAACAAGCUCGAGCCAUGGGAUAUCCAAGAGAAAUGUAAGAUCGGCUCGGGUCCUCAGAACGACUGGUACUUCUUCAGCCACAAGGACAAGAAGUACCCGACGGGAACGCGGACGAACCGGGCGACGGCGGCCGGGGUCUGGAAGGGAAACGGACGCGACAAGGGU